CCGUGGCAGCAGCAGCCCCGAGGGCAGGGCGGUGGGAGCGGAGCUGGCACUGCGGCGGCUGAGGCGGCGCCCGGCAGGCCUGAGCGGCGGGGUACGCCGCCCGGCCGGCGGGGAUGCGGGACCGUUUGCCGGACCUGACGGCGUGUAGGAAAAAUGAUGAUGGAGACAUAACUAUUGUUGUUGAAAAGGACCAUUUUAUGGAUGAUUUCUUCCAUCAGGUUGAGGAGAUUAGAAACAGUAUAGCUAAAAUAGCUCAAUAUGUUGAAGAUGUAAAGAAAAACCACAGCAUCAUUCUUUCUGCACCAAAUCCAGAAGGAAAAAUAAAAGAAGAGCUUGAAGAUUUGAACAAAGAAAUCAAGAAAACUGCUAAUAAAGUUCGAGCCACGUUAAAGUCUAUUGAACAAAGUUUUGAUAAGGAUGAGAGUGGGAACCGAACUUCAGUGGAUCUUCGGAUACGACGAACCCAGCAUUCAGUACUAUCUCGCAAGUUUGUGGAAGUCAUGACAGGAUAUAAUGAAGCACAGACACUAUUUCGGGAGCGAAGCAAAGGACGUAUACAGCGUCAGCUAGAAAUAACUGGAAGGACCACCACUGACGAUGAGCUGGAAGAGAUGCUGGAGAGCGGGAAGCCCUCCAUCUUCACGUCCGACAUUAUAUCAGAUUCACAAAUUACUAGACAAGCUCUCAAUGAAAUUGAGUCUCGUCACAAAGACAUUAUGAAGCUGGAGACCAGUAUCCGAGAGUUGCAUGAAAUGUUCAUGGAUAUGGCUAUGUUUGUUGAGACUCAGGGGGAAAUGAUCAACAACAUAGAAAAAAAUGUUAUGAAUGCUGCAGACUAUGUAGAACAUGCUAAAGAAGAAACUAAAAAAGCUAUUAAAUAUCAGAGCAAAGCAAGAAGGAAAAUGAUGAUCAUUAUUAUUUGUGUAAUUAUUUUGCUUGUGAUCCUUGGAAUUAUCCUAGCAACAACAUUGUCAUAGCAAUCAUAUCCCAAGAGCUAUUUAUCCUUGGAGACUCAAACCACAUCUGCAGCAAAUCAACAUCCUCUCAUUUCACGAAUGAAUCCUAGACAUUGUGACAUGGCAUUGAGUGCUGAUUUCUCUAUUAGCAAAGUCAAGGAGAAAGCACAACAGAAUGUAUUGUUCAGUGGAAGCACCGUAAGCAGAAUAUGGAUGUGUUGAGUUAACCCAGAUAUCCUUGGACUCUUAAGUGACACACCACAGAAAUUUAACAAUGUGAACUUUGUUUCAGUGGCCUUGAAAUGAGGAAUUAUUGGAAAUUUCAAUUUUUAAAAAUAUUUCAGUGUUAAAUACGUAUGUGAAGUUUAAUUAGGAAUACUUUAUGUUAUGAAGCUAUUAGAUUUCAGGUCUAAGACUUUUCUCCCCUUCUCCCAGCUAAUAUAUGCUGAUUAACAGAGAGACUUUUUGUACUAUGUUUAAUUUGUUUUUAUUUCUUGUUUGCAGAAAUAAUUUUUAUAA